AUGUGCCUUUUGGGCCUUGAUUACUCCCUCAAGAAAGUCGGCUCGAAAUACCCACUUGUUGUUCUUUAUACGGAUUCAUUUCCUGCCGAUGGCCAUGCAGCUAUUGAUGCCCGGGGCAUACUGAAGCAGCAUGUGCCUUAUCUUCUUCCGUCGGUUUCGAAGGACUUUACCAACGAUGUGCGCUUCUACGAUUGCUGGAGCAAGCUUACACCAUUCUCACUCAUUGAAUAUGAGCGAGUUGUGCAGCUGGAUAGUGAUAUGUUGGUCCUUCAAAACAUGGAUGAGUUGAUGGAUAUAGACUUGGAUCCGCCGGACAUGGCUGGGACAGGAAAUCGCGUCUUCGCUGCUAGCCAUGCCUGUGUCUGCAAUCCACUCCACAAGCAGCACUACCCCAAAGACUGGGUACCGGCCAACUGUGCGUACACUUUUCAACAUGGUACUCCCGAGGAAGCCCAAGUAACUGGUGCUCCUCCGACUACAGGGUUAGGAAUGCCCAAUGGAGGGCUUCAAGUUGUGAACCCGUCUCGAGCAAUCUAUGACAAAAUUAUCGGCCAGCUUUCUACUUCUGCAGCCUCGGAGUACGACUUUGCAGACCAGUCUCUUCUCUCAGACAUAUUUCACGGUCGUUGGGUCGCUCUUCCAUAUAUCUAUAAUGCGCUUAAAACAUUGCGGUGGGACGGUGUGCAUGAUGCUAUCUGGCGGGAUGAGAAUGUGAAGAACGUACACUACAUACUCAGUCCUAAGCCUUGGGAUGAAAGUGAAGAUGUCCGCAAAGGCCGUACAGGGACAGAGCAGAGCCGGGACCCGUCACAUUCAUGGUGGUGGACGUUGAAUGAAGAGAGAUUAAUGAAGGAAAAAGAGGCAGGUAUAAUAGACAAACUUUAG